AUGGAGUUGACUUCGUCUGAAAACGUUUAUACGGGGUUUGACGAAAUCGUGUCGGGUUUGGCUCAUCUCGAGAGCUUCGACUGGAUAGAAAACCGAUCCACCCAGGUGCACGGCAUUUUGGAGGAUUCUCAACAAGUCUACUGUCAUCACUUGGCCUUGAAGAGAUGGCUCUCCAUGGUGUCUGACCUGUUUGGAACGAUUUUCACUGGAGCUUACAUUUUACUAGUCUCCUCCAAGAGCACUAGUCCUUUUGUUGCUGGUAUUGGCUUGUCUCUUUGCCUAUACAUGAAGCUUGCCAUCGGCUAUACUAUUGAGAAUCUGACAACUCUAGACAAGUCCGCCACGAUUGUACAACAAAUGCAAGAGUUCAUGCGGGAUAUGCCACAAGAACCAGAACGGGCUUUGGCGAGGAUUGAAGGAGAGUGGCCAUCGCGCUGUAUGAUUGACUUUGAGAAUGUCUCUAUUGGAUACAACCUCCCCAACAGUCCACCGCUAAUAUCGGGUAUUAACCUCCGCAUUUUUGGACGAGAAGCUGCGCUGUGCGGCACGUUCAAUAGUGGAAAAACCACCUUUUUUCUCUCAAUGGUUGCCAGGCUUCCAUACACAGGUUCCAUCAAGAUUGAUGGCAUUGAGGCUCGGACAAUCCCCCGAGAGCAAUUCAACUCGGUCUUCACUGUCGUACCACAAGAUCCUAUUCUCUUCCACAAUGCAACCAUCAGGAAGAACCUGCUUCCAGAUGAGAUUAUGGAAGCGCAGGACCAACAAGGAUGUGAGGUAGUCCUAGAGCGUAUCCUUGCUGGAGUCGGACUGUCUGCCAUUGUCGAGCGAAAUGGAGGCAUACUUUCACAGUUCUCGACUCUCAACCUGUCAUACGAGCAAAACCAGCGAUUUUCUCUUGCUCAAGGCCUUGUCCAAUAUUUUUUCAACCCAACGAAGAUGGCGUUGAUUGACGGUGUCACUGACAAUGUCAGCAAUGAAAGCUUGGAUCGAAUGACAUCCAUGAUGAGGGAGAUGUUCCAAUUCGGAGAAUGCAGCAUUAUCAGCACUACUAAUCGACCCCCUUCGCACAUCACAGCGCCCUGGUUGGCUGAAAUUACUCGACCUGUCCCAACUGCGAUGACUUCGGCUAAUUGA